CGGGAAGGACCCGGGAAGGACCGCGCGGCCCCGCCCCUGCCCUCGCGCGGCCCCGCGCCCUCUGUGUCCCCGGCGCACCGGCCCGACAUGCUGCCCGACUGCCUGUCCGCCGAGAGCGAGCGGCGAUGCCGGCAGCUGCUGGCCGGGGCCACGGCCCGGCUCCGCGCGCGGCCCGCGGCGGCCGCGGUGCUGGUGCCUCUGUGCUCCGUGGGCGGGGUCCCGGCGCUGCUCUACACGCUGCGGUCCAGCCGCCUGGCCGGGAGGCACAAGGGCGACGUCAGUUUCCCAGGCGGCAAGUGCGACCCGGCUGAUCAGGACGUGGUGCACACGGCGCUGCGCGAGACCCAGGAGGAAAUGGGGCUGGCCGUUCCUGCUGAGCGCGUGUGGGGCGUGCUGCGGCCCGUGUGGGACCGGCAUAAGGCCACAGUGGUGCCGGUGCUGGCCGGCUUGGGCCCGCUGGAUCUGCACAGCCUCCGGCCCAACCCUGAGGAGGUGGACGAGGUCUUCGCGCUGCCCCUGGCUCACCUGCUGGAGACCCAGAAUCAGGGCUACACCCACUUCUGCAAGGGCGGCCACUUCCGUUACACCCUGCCCGUCUUCCUGAACGGACCACACAGAGUCUGGGGCCUCACAGCCAUUAUCACCGAGUUCACCCUACAGCUGCUGGCACCCGGCACCUACCAGCCCCGCCUGGCCGGCACCAGACUGUCCGGUGGCUGAGCGCCUGGCCCUCGGCAGCCGCACACCAGGACUGAAUAAAGAGCCUUUGACAGCUCGGCCCCCUGCGCCUUCCUGGGGCCUGGCCUUGCGCAGACGCCCAGCCCCUCCGCUCUUCACGGCAGUGGGCACCUCCUGUCUUCCGGGAAGCCAAGGAGCAUUUUCCUUUCUCUCCAGGGCUUGCCUGAGGUCACCCUGGGCUGGGGUCUGAACCUGGGCUGGCCCCAGCCCUCCUCUGAGCCUUGGCCCCUCCGCGGUGCCCUGCUCCCCAGCGCUGGGGGUGCCCGGUCUGGGGCCAUUCAGAUCCCGGGGAAGUGACUGCACGUCCAUCAUCCUAGGUGACCAUGGCGUCACAGCUCAGUUAUGGCUUCCAGCUUCUGGGAGAGUCGAGGGGAUGGGCAGUCUCGCAAGUGAGCCAGUGGAUGCAAGAUCUCUCUCUCUCUCUCUCUCUCUCUCUCUCUCUCUCUCUCUCUCUGUGUGUGUGACUCCGCCUUUUAAAUAAACAAGUAAAUCUAAACCAAAAAAGAAAGGAGAGGAAAGCCCAGCAGGAGCUAAGCUCGCCUGCGAUGGGGCUGGAGCAAGACGUCUCUCCCUCUCUUGCUGUGCCUACCGCCGCUGGCCCCACUCCC